AUGGAUCAUUCUGAACCACCCUCAAAGAGACAGAAGAUCUUGCGGCAUGCCAAACCUGAAUUGGUUUUGGUGGAAGUCGGAAAGGAGAGAGAGAAAUUCAUGUUGCCCGAAUCACUUCUCUGUCACAAAUCGAGCUUCUUCGCGGCCGCCCUCAAGCCUGACUCAUCGUUCCCCAAGGCGAAGCAUAACGUGAUCAAGAUGCCGGAAGAAGAUGCCUCCCUGUUCGAUGACUUCGUUUCAUGGAUGUACAACGAGCAUCAGACUCCACGCUUCGAUCUCAACAAACACGGUACCGUUGAAAACACUAUGGAAGAACUGAUUCACCUCUUUGACCUUGGUGAUCGGCUCGGAGCUCUGGAGCUGCAGAGGGAGAUGAUCAGAAAGUUCUUCAACCGGCUAGCCGGCAUCCCAGCCAUGUGCAGGUACUUCCCGCACCACAUUGUCGAUCUUAUCUACCAAAAAAAAUCGGCAGGUAUAGAGAUCCUCAAGGAGAUAGCGACGGACUACUUCGUCUGGGGGAGAAGAACCCACUGGGCCGAAGAUGCCUUCCAGUGCUUGAUAUCCGACCAGCCAGAGUUCGGUAGGGCGUGCAUGAAGAAGCUGGGUACGAUUGCCCUCCAGGAGCAGAAAAGUGGCAAGCGAGUCAAGAAUCCGUUUCAUGGCACUGCGCACCACUACGUCACGGGGUUCGAUGCUCAUGCUUGGAGCGCAAUCACCUGA